AUGCCUGCAGCCAUGAGAGAGAGGUUCGACCGGUUCUUGCACGAGAAGAACUGCACGACUGACCUCCUGGCCAACUUCGAGGCCAAAACCGGCAUGAACCGAAGCUUCCUCGCACUCGGAGCCGUCUGGCUGGUGGCCCUCUACCUGGUGUUCGGUUAUGGAGAGUCUCUCCUCUAUAACCUGAUAGAAUUUGGCUACCUGGCCUACAUCUCAAUGAAGGCCAUAGAGAGUCCCAAUAAGUAUGAUGAUACCCAGUGGCUGACCUACUGGGUAGUAUAUGGUGUGUUCAGCAUUGCCAAAUUCUUCUCUGAUCUCUUCCUCUCCUGGUUCCCCUUCUACUACAUGCUAAAGUGUGGCUUCCUGUUGUGGGGCAUGGCCCCAAGCCCUUCUAAUGGGUCAGAACUGUUCUACUGGCGCAUCAUCCGUCCUUUCUUCCUGAAGCACCAGUCCCAGGUAGACGGUGUGGUGCAGGACCUGAAAGACAAAGCCAAAGAGACUGCAGAUGCCAUCACUAAAGAAGCCAAGAAAGCUACUGUGAACUUGCUGGGUGAAGAAAAGAAAAGCACCUAAACCCUUGACUACAUCGAGUUUUCCUGCCCUCUGUACCUUUUUAGAGCUUGAUGUUAUUAUAUUAGGGACUGUGCCAUAGUCAUUUUAAUAACGUUGCCUUGGAAACAUUUUUGAUAUAUAAAGAAUGGAAUGUAUUAUGUGUUAUAAUUUUAUUGUCUGUAUACAUAGGAAGCAUUUUAAUUUAAACUUAAUGCAGUAGGCAAAAUCUAAAGUUUUGAAAAUAUAUUUUGCCUCUGUGUAGGGAAAGUAGGAAAAGACAAAUGUCCUACCCUGCAUGAAAUACAAACUAAAAAUAAAUUACGUAUCCCACAGGCUUUGUAUUUUACUGGGUUCAUUCUGCAUGCAUUUUCUCUAUACUUAAUAUUUAGGAAAAUCUUUAUGGUUCUACUUAAUGUAAUGGUUCAAUUUCAUAUAAUUCUUAAGUGUUUUAAUGUAUCCGCAUAGGUAGAUAUAUAGUUACAGGAAAUUGUUACUAUAACACAUAGUUAUUUUGGGGAAGGAACUUAGAGAAGGUUACCUAUGAAAUUUAUAAUUCCUGUACAAUAAAACUACAUGCUAAAAACUGAAGAUAGUAUGUUUGCUGGCAUAAUCCUCUAAGGUCUUAAGAAAAUUAGAAUAAUGAGUAAUAUUCAAAUAAACAUGGCCAGAAGUGAGGUUAAAUAGAGGAUGGACUAGUUUUUUUCUAACAAUGUAGACCUGAAUUCCAGAAAAACUUUGUAGCUCAGUCACUCUAAUGAUAAAUGAAGAAGCGUAUACAUGUACUAGUAAUCUAUAGCCCUCAGUUCCCCGUAGAAAUAAUAAUAUUGUCUUUUCUGCUUAAAAGCUUUAGAUUUGUCUGUUUUUAUACAGAAACCAUUCCUACUUUUACCUUCUAAACUAAGUAAUAUAUUUGGCUUCAUUUUAUUACCUUUAUCUUAUACAAUCAUUUUUAAAACAACACUUUAAGGAGCCUCCCAAUAGAUGUCCACUUCUGAUAUAUAUGCGUAUCUGUGUGUGUGUGUGUGUGUGUGUGUGUGUGUGUGUGUGUUCUUGUUAAUAUCCCUCCUAACAUGUCAGUAAUGACCUAGCUCUGAGAGCAGUUCUGGAAGAAUAAAAGAAGUAUUAUAUAACCUAUCA